AUGUCCAAACUAUCAGACUACAAAGCCCUCUCAUUCGACUGCUAUGGAACCCUCAUAGACUGGGAAACCGGCGUCAUCGCCGCGCUAGAGCCUCUCCUCUCGGCCAACAAUGCCUCUUUUCCCCGCGAAAAGCUGCUCGCCGUCUACGCGGAAUGCGAGUCCUCCCAACAGGCGCGGACGCCAGAUCUCCCCUACGACAAGCUCCUGGCAACCAUACAUGCCCGGAUCGCGGCAAAACUGGGCCUCGAGGCACCAAGCGCCCAAGAGAGCGCCGCGUUCGGCGCCUCGGUCGGCCAGUGGCCUGCGUUCCCGGACUCUGUCCCCGCCCUGCGCCGUCUAGCCAAACACUACAAGCUCGUCAUCCUGUCCAACGUGGAUCGCGAAUCCUUCGCCAAGACCAACGCCGGGCCCCUGCAGGGCGUGCCCUUUGAUGCCAUCAUUACCGCGCAGGACGUCGGGAGCUACAAGCCCGACGUGCGCAAUUUCGAGCACAUGCUGAGGGAGCUGAAGGAGAGGUUCGGGCUGGACAAGGAGGACGUUAUCCAGACGGCGCAGAGCCAGUUUCAUGACCAUUGUCCGGCGAGGAAGAUGGGCAUCAAGUCUAGCUGGAUUGUUAGGCCGGGGGCCGUGAUGGGGAAUAGGGACGAGGAGAUUUAUGAUUGGAGGUUCGACACGCUGGGGGACAUGGCGAGUGCGUUGGAGAGGGAGAGCAAAUAA